AUGGCAAAUUCUAUUGAUACAGCAACUGGCAGCUGGACUUCAUACCCGUCUCUUCUACACACACUGGAGACUCCGGAUCAGAGAGUUGACCUAGAGUCGGCAUGCUGUGCGUACCUCUGUGGGCGCUUUGAGGAUGCGUUAUCGCUCUACAAUAGGCUUCCCUCUCCGGAAACGAAGCCCCUCCUUGUCUUUCAGAAAGCCGACAUUCUGACGCAACAAGGCAAUGAACACGAUAGAAUUGACCUGCUUAAAAUGGCAUUGACAAAGCUGCCCAAUCAUGACCAGGCAGGCGAACAUUCCGACCUUCAGCUCUUGACCAAUCUCAUGCUCACCGAUGCCGAAUUCUGGGGCGAAGGAAAGGUCCAGCCUGCGCUCGAUAUCGUCCCAAAGGUCAGGAAAUACUUCAUUGGUCGCAAGAUUCAAGGGCUGAAUGAUGUUGAGCUGCGGAUCGUUCUUCUGUUCCAUCAAAUUUCACUGUCGCUACGAAAAGUCUCAAACCUCCUGGGUCAGACUUACGAUUCUAUAUUUGCCGAGUCUCGCUUAAGCACUGUCAAUGAGCUGAACAUUUUGCGGAGACAACUUCAUCAAGAAAAGCGUCUGCAGUUUGCUUGCCAAUUUCUCCGGUUGGAAAUCAAAUUCACCUCGUCGGCCAAGCUGGGCAACACGUUGGAUGAUGCCAUAAAUCUUUGCGGAGAGUUAGAGGAAACCGGCAUCGCUUCACAGCAAUUCCGAGCCGUUGGAUUGAAGCAAUAUAUAUAUUCCGUGGCCACCCAACAGGACAAGGCGGCCUCGCUUUACGAAGAAUCCCUUUCAACACUAUCUCGAAUCAAACCAACGGCUUUUCAUGAGUGGCAGGACUUCUUCCCAGCCCUGAAAUUAGAGAUUGAAAGAGAUGAGUUGAAGCGGUCGGAAACAGCUUCCCAGGCCAAUUUGGAAUCCCUCCUCAAGCUGGUGAUCCAGGCGAAACAGCACCUGGACUACACCCAAGCGAACCACUGCUACAUUGCCGCAAGAGAGAUGGCUCGCGCUCUGAGAGAUAGAGCUGAGGGCCCGACAGAUAUCACAAUUGCCGCGGAAAAGCUUUGCGCUGUACAAGAGGAGUACCUAGACUUCCAUGAGAAAGUCAGCCGCAUGUGUUACUUUGUUGGACUCGCGACGGUGGAAUACCUCUCCGCGAUACGAUUUCUGGGCUCUGCCUACUACACGAAAAUGCAAAGGAUAGUACGGGAUUUUCUAACUCUUCACCCCGACUUCGCAAUUCCCAAUCUCCAAGAGCGUAUACAAGAGGCAGGGCUUUUUGUAGCACGGGAGUUGAAUUUAGAACAGGAGGCGUGUGAAUUCGAAAAGAGGCAGAUGGAGUGGUUCAAGAAAUGCAGAUUCGCGCCUAAAGGCCUGAAUACUGUUUCAGAUCAUGCCUCGCGUGACCCAGAAGACUACUUUCUGAUAAUGCAUCACGACGCCUCAGACCCCCUGGAAUGGGGCAUGAACGCGGUCAAACUGUUGUUACAAUGGGCGGCGUGGGAGUGGGAUGACAGACUACUGUCCAUAGAUGAGCUACGGAAUCUAUUUGGCGGGACUCUCGAUAAUGCGUUAGAUGCCUCGAAUGACCCGGUCAAUAUGCUUCAAUCUUCGGGGACCACGACUGCUGUCAACGCAUCCCUCAUGGAGGCUCUUACUGAAUCCAACUCCAGUGGGACUGAUCUUGACCCACAAAGAUCAUUAUCUUUCAUGGAGCGUUACAAUAGGCUAAAGGAAUGGUUAUUGCUAGAUGGAAGACCACCGUCUCGAGAGGCACGCCUCUUUGCACUGAAAAUCUUGCUCAAGGCUCGUCUGCACCGCAUUCGAAAUGGAUACUUUCCAAACGGGGGGAGACUGCCAACCGCUGAGGAGGCUUCAGAAUACGAAUUCGAAACCUCAGCGCUGAAUGUCAUUGAGAACCUAGAAGCAGCGGCCAGGGGUGUCACAAGGGACACUGAUGAAAAGAAAUUGGCCGUUCAUCUCACGCUGGUCAAAUCCUUCGCUGUGAAGGAUGGCGGUCCAGCGGGACUGGUUACUGAUGCUGAGCUUUCCAAAAGCGCCGAUGACUGUCGUCAGAUGGUUAUACACGCAAACAAAACACAUCAGCCGUUCCAGGAGUACCACGCUCUAUGUCAGCGCAUGCGGCUGACCUGGCAGCGACAUCAGCUGCACUCUCAGCCGAUACCAAAGACGGCAGAGGAUAUCAUGGCUCUAGUCAGGGAAGCCGACAAAGUCUUUGUCCAGCUUCGGAAUCAGCUUGUGAAUCCAGAUGCCUCUGCUAGUCUCGUAGCUAGGGCAAAGCUGGCAGAUGAUUUCCUGCUCCGGGAGCACCACAACUUCGCGCUGCUCGGGAGACUCAGCUCCUUCAAUCACUACAAAAAACUCUACCGGACCAGUCCGACCCAGGACUUUGGCAUCCAGGCUCAAUCGGACGUUCUAAAUCUUGCAAUGUGGGCCCGCCGAUCUAAAGGUGCCGGUUUCACUGACGUUCUGAACUUGGGUUCACAAACAGAACGGGCGAUCGAAGAAGGGAUGAAACCAGACGUUGGCAAUAAGGCUGGGUUUUUGAAUGAUCAAAUUAGGGAUCAGUCUGGUAAACUUCACCCCCUGGACCCAGGUACCUCCCAACCAACUCAAGCCUCCACACCUGUUCAGCAAGACCUGCCUCACGUACUAAGCCCACGGUACCCUGAAUGGGCCAGGGUGCCUCAAUUCAACAAUAUGCUGAAGAAUCUGCCCUCAAACAUAGUGAUUGUGGACUUUAUUAAUGUCCCCUACAUCCAGGCUGGUGUCAGCUUGUUUGCUCUGGUAUACCGCAACAAGCAGUCAACAAACAGCCCCAUUCCCAUCCCAGUCUUAACUAUGGAUGGGAUCAAAAGUUGGAUUGCGAGUAAUCUCAAUGUUGAUGAGGACCCCGACACCAUAGAUCAUCUAGCAAACAAAGAUGCUGGGGCCAAGCUCGCUGUACUCAGUGGGCUCAUCACACCGUUAUUGUACACCGUUCCCGACAUCGCUAUCAGGGCCGGGGAGACGAUAAUAUUCUGUCCGACGGGCUUGCUAAGCCGGAUUCCCCUGCACGCGAUUCCAUUCCACGAUGAUAGCCCGCCCUUGAUUGCGCGAAACCCUGUUGUCUACUGUCAGAGUCUGACUCUCCUUCAUUGGCUUUACGAGAAGACCACAAAGGGCUUCUCCACCCUCCCUGGCUCUACACCAGGCAUGACCCCUAGCCAAACAGCGAAUCAAUUUCCUAAGACAGCCGUGAUAAACCCCUUACCAGAGUCCAAAGCCUCAACCGCUCGUGUGAAAGAACUGGCACGAAUCCUCCGAGCUGAAGGCCUUGCUUUUCAACACGGCGAGUCGUUGCACCCGCAAACGGUUCGGGACGCAAUUCGAGAUUGCUCAGUAUUCCACUACCACGGCCAUGCAGUGUACCAACCGGAGGCGGCUCUGGAGACAAGACUUUGUCUAAACAAAGCUGCUCGAAGUAGAAAGCGAAAUUUGCCGAAGUCGGCGCUCUUCCUGGCGGCACGGGAAUUCUUCCGACCCGAAUUGCGCCUCGCAGAGCCGGCAGCGCUAGUGACUGUGGUGGGCUGCAAAAGUGGCGUUACGAAAGUGACGAGCACAGACGACGUGCUAGGCCUACCAACUGCUUUUUUCUACGCGGGUGCGACUGCCGUGGUGAGCACGCUUUGGCCACUGCCUGAUGAGGAUGGGGCUGCAUUCGGGGCUGCAUUUUAUGAAACAUUGUUCAAAGAGCGAGAUGCCGUCGACUACGAUGCAGCAGCACGGGCAAAGGAACACACACAAGAACCAAUUACCAGUGCCUUCUUUGCACGCACUGUAGAUCUUGCCAAGGUAUUCCAGGAGACAAUAUUGGCCCUUCGUCGUGAUACUACCCGGCAGGACCGAAAGGCGCCGUAUCACUGGGCGUCGUUCACUCUGAAUGGGUUUUGGUACUUCCCCAUCAGCUCACUACCGUUGAGCCCAUGA